CUGGCAUAAAAAAGCAUCAACGCUUGAAUUCUCUCGCAGCUCAUCGAGAAUGUCGAAGGAAGUGAGCCAGCAGAGGAAGGACUACGUAGACCCUCCGCCAGCCCCCCUCAUCGACUUGGCCGAGAUUAAGCUCUGGUCCUUCUACAGAGCCCUCAUCGCCGAGUUUAUCGCCACACUCCUCUUCCUCUACGUCACCGUCGCCACCGUCAUUGGCCACAAAAAACAGACCGGACCAUGUGACGGCGUUGGCCUUCUCGGCAUCGCAUGGGCCUUCGGUGGCAUGAUCUUUGUCCUCGUCUACUGCACCGCCGGCAUUUCUGGUGGACACAUCAACCCUGCGGUGACUUUUGGCCUGUUCCUGGCCCGCAAGGUGUCUCUCAUUCGUGCCCUGUUCUACAUGGUAGCGCAGUGUUUGGGUGCUAUCUGCGGUGUCGGGUUGGUGAAGGCCUUCAUGAAGCACUCCUACAACUCCCUCGGCGGCGGUGCUAACUCCGUCAGCGCUGGCUACAACAAAGGCAGUGCUCUGGGUGCGGAGAUCAUCGGCACUUUCGUCCUUGUCUACACCGUUUUCUCGGCUACCGACCCCAAGAGAAGCGCUCGUGACUCUCAUAUCCCCGUGUUGGCCCCAUUGCCCAUUGGGUUUGCCGUUUUCAUGGUUCACUUGGCCACCAUUCCCAUCACUGGUACCGGGAUUAACCCAGCAAGGAGCUUCGGUGCUGCUGUUAUCUACAACAAUGGCAAAGUUUGGGAUGACCAUUGGAUAUUCUGGGUUGGACCAUUCGUGGGAGCGUUGGCGGCGGCGGCGUACCAUCAGUACAUCCUGAGAGCAGCGGCUAUUAAGGCCUUAGGGUCGUUCAGGAGCAACCCUACCAACUAGUUUACUUCAUCCAUAGACAGACCCUUUAUUUUGUGUUUGCAUUCUGUAUGUGUGUAUGCGUUUGAUGUAGGAGAACCAUGAUGAUGACCAAUUCGUCCUUUUCUUUCUUUUGUAAUUUACUAUUUAUUUUUUUAUUUCUUAAUUUGCUUUUGUUGUAUCAGAGAUCAUCAUGAUCAUUCAUGACCGUUAUUUACAUUAUUGUUUUUAUUAUAUUCUACUUGCCCUGUGUGUGUG